AUGACUUCAACACAAACCCUGCUCAGAACCGUCCUCAGAAAUCCCACCACCAUCAAAACCAAGUCCCAGGCCAAACAGCUCCAUGCCCACAUCCUCAAAACCGAAGGUCCAUGUUCCACCAACUUGUCCACCACCCUCCUCUCCAUCUACAAAAACCUCAACCUCUUGCAUGACUCACUCCUACUCUUCAACACCCUCCACUUCCCCUCCACUCUUGCUUGGAAAUCCCUCAUCAAAUGCUACACUUUCCAUGGCCUUUCCCACCAAUCCUUGGCAUUCUUUGUCAAAAUGCGAGCUAUGGGUAAGCACCCAGACUGCUAUGUGUUCCCUUCUGUGCUGAAAUCUUGCACAUUGCUGAUGGACUUGAGGUUCGGUGAGUCGCUACAUGGCUGCAUUAUAAGGCUUGGUAUGGAUUUCGACUUGUAUACUAGCAAUGCGCUUAUGAAUAUGUACUCGAGAUUUCAGAGCUUGGGUGAGAGUGGCAGGCAGAGGUCUAGCGCUCCCGAAAUGCUUGAUGGAAUGCCUGAGAGAAGAAUUGUGUCUGUGGAGUUAGAAGGUGAGGGAGGGAUGCUGUGCUUUGAUGGAAAAGCAAAGAGACAAAUAGGUAGUGGUGAGACUAAGAAUCAUAAUAAUAAUUGUAACUCAAAUGAAUUGGUGAACAAGUAUGAAGAACGGGUCACGGGUAUUGAUCAUAAACUUAACUUGAAUCAUAGUGAUAAGUCUCCUCAAAUUAGUGGAAAUAGGGAGAUUAGUGGGUAUUUCUAUGGGAAAAUGAAUGAUGUUUCUGUGGGAAAGAUAGCUGUAAGGGCUUUACUAAUGGAUAGUGUGAGAAAGAUCUUUAAUAUGAUGCCAUGA